AUGUAUAAAGUAUAUGAGGAUACAAUCGAAACAUUUUGGCUGAAAUAUUCCGAAAACAAGAAAGAAGCUGUUUUUGCUAAAGAAACUAAAGAGUUAGAAGAUGAUAUUUACCAAAUGAAAAUUGAGUUAAGCAACUUGGAGAAACGAAUAGAUGCGCAGUGCAAAAAGGCAGAAUUGUCAGAAAAUUUACUGCAAGAAACUUGGGAAUUGCUAAAACAAAGAAAGAAAUUCGCUAAACUAAGUAAACAAUUUGAAGAAGACAAUGCAAUAGUUCAAGAACGAAUCGACACGAUUAGAAAUUAUAACCGCCGUGAUAAAAUAUCUUCUCUUGAAGAAUUAAUUGAAAAAUCUGAGUAUUAUACAGAUGCGCAACAAGUAUAUGUAAUGUCUCUCAAUGAAAUAAACGCUGAUUUAAAAAUAUUUGAGAAAGUGGCAACGGAGCCAAGUGAUGAUGACUUACAACAGCUUGAAGAAUAUCAAGAAACUUUAAAACACACUGUGAAUGAACUUCACAAAACUAAAGAUCAAGAUGAUGCCAUAAAUGCGAUGCAAAAUCAGCAGCGUAUAUUAUUAAAGAAGAAAUCAUUAUUGUCUAAACAAAUUCUUAAAAUUCGAUUGAACAAUGAACAGGUUUUAAACAAAAUUGAUGAAUUGAGUCAAAUAUUAGGCGGGGAAAUACUUAGAGGGCAAACAUUUAAAAAAUACGUUGCUGAUUUAAAAGCCAGAUGCAAUAUUUAUAAGAAGAAUAAAAUUUAUAUGAAAUCUUUGGAAAAUGAAAUAAAUAUUUUGAAUGCGACAUUGAAAGAGCUUUAUGACUUAGAACCUGACUUAAAGUGCAAAACUUUGAAUUCUUCUAAUAAUAUUCCGGAAGAAAUUAGAAAUUUAUCACUUAAUGAUAUAAGAGUUAAAACGCUUAAGCUUCACAAGGAACAUGCUAUAUUACUGAAAACAUGUUGUGAAGAAGAAGAAAAGUAUCAAAAGGUAAAAGAUGUGUACAGUGAUAAUUUAAUUGAAUUUGAUAGAAAGAAACAUGAAUUUAACGUGAAAACUGGUAAUUUAAUGGAUUAUAUUGAUAAUCUUACGCAUGAUAUUGAAAAAUUAGAGUCACUGUUAAACUUAGAACAAGAAGAUCUGCAAAUGCAAGAGAAUGAAGUUGAAAAAAUACAAGAAAAUUUAAUAC